CGAACAGCAGACAUGCUGUGCUGUUUCCCAAUCUCGCGAGGCAACAGCCUCAGGACUUCAGGCAGAGAAAGCAUCUGUAAACGACUCAGAAGAUGGUUCGCUUCAUUCAGGCAACCCCGGCCAAACUGCAGGAGCGAUACAACCAUCACAGGAAACCCAGGGCAGGGCUCCACAGGGAUGACCACCACGAGCCAAGAGCCACUAAGGAGCCUGGGACAGAUCUCGCCAGGCUCAGCUUCCAGAUUCAGAAACAUCCCAGAGCGGCCAGGGAAGGGCGGCCCAGAAUGCGGCACCAGGUACCCUGAGACACUCAAGGGCGAAGAGAAGGUCUCUGUAGGCCCAGCUACCAAGCAGGAAAAGGCCCCCAGGGACCUAGGAAAGAUCAGCAAAGGCCCUGAUCCUAUGAGCCCAAAGCAAACAAGGAGCCAGGGACAAGUGUUCUCAGGCCUCACCAUCAGGCACACAGAAAAAUCCAGAGACCCAGGGGAAGGCUCCUUAGGCCCAAAUUG